AUGUCGAGCGCUCUCCUGUCCAUCGCGGGCUGGUACUUCUUACCAAACGUAAGUUCAGCCUCUCUAUUGCUUGAGACAAGUACUAACGAUGUCCAGCUUGUAACAGGCUAUGCUCAAACAGCCCUCUACUCAAUCUUUAUCCGCGCCGGUGAUCCGAAACCAGCACCAGGAUCACCACGUUUCGUGCGAGAUCGCCGCGUGGUACAGAUUGCCGUCAUUGUGCUAUAUCUCUUAUAUACAAUCUACGAAGCGGACUAUCAGUUGCUCAAGGAAAGCGACUUCUACACGACCCUGGGUGUACCGUGCGAUGUGGGAGAAAAGGCCUUGCAAUCGAAGUUCCGACGCCUGUAAGUCUGAUCUCAGAACAAUAACAGCUAGGUAAUUUUAACAUGUGAAUUUCAGGACUGUGCAAUAUCACCCCGACAAAGCUUCCGCAGCCGAAAAACCCGCCAUGGAAGCACUUUAUAUCCAACUCACGCUUGCUCGGGACACGCUCAUUGAACCAGCCAAGCGCUUUGCGUACGAUCGCUUCGGUCCAGAAAUCCUCGGUUGGCAGAACAACAAGCUUGUGCGCGACUUCGUCAAUACGGGAAUCCAGAAUCUCGCAAUCUACUAUGCUGCAAGCGCUGGUGUCUUGAUACUACUUGGAAUCCUGGGUUACCUGCGCCAAGGCAUGUUCUGGCGCUAUUGGGUAAUGGCGAGCCUGUUCGUGUUUGAGCUCUACACCGCAACACGGACUGAAUUCCCUUGGCUCUUGACGGAAGUGGUGAAUCCGUUCCUCUUGACCACGGGGAUCAGAAGACCGUACUUGCCAUUCCAGCUGAUCGUCCUUCUACGGAAGUUGACAUUGACAUUCUUCAUCGCCAUGUCGCAACUCGGACCACUGCUUCAGGAUCCAAAGCAAGCAGCAGCGCAGGACGGACCUGGAGUGACGGCGCAACAACUAGACCGCGUGGACGCUUUGACGAAGCAAACAGGCGAAGAAGUCAACCGUCUGGUGAGUCUGGAGCUCAUGCCGUACGUGCAGACGGACCAAAUGCCACCCGCAAUCUCCCGAGAGCUCAGGACGACAGUGAAGGAAUGGCUUGUGCAGAACACAAUCAGGAACGACCCGGAAGUCAGCGGUGCGAUCAAGAGAGUGCUCGACAGACGGCGACAGGAGGGACGGAACCCGCAAGCUCAACCGCAAGAAAGCGCACCAGCAGGAUAG